AUGGGCCGCAUCGUGGUAACCGGUGGCUCGGGCAAAGCCGGCCAAUUCAUCAUCGCCGAGCUCCUCUCUAACGGCCACACAGUUCUCAACCUAGACCUCAGCCCAAUGGACCACCCAGAAAUCUACACCCUGAAAACCGACCUAGCCGACAGCGGCCAACCCUUCAACGCCCUAUCCGGCCAAUGGUCCCUGCAAGAGCCCUUUCCAGAAGGCCUCCCCCAACGUCCAGACGCCGUAAUCCACCUAGCCAGCUACGCACGCAACAUGCUCGUGCCGGACAACGAGACAUUCCGCUCAAACACACAGGGCACAUGCAACAUCAUCGAAGCAGCCUGCAAGCUGGGCAUCCGCAAGAUCAUCCUGGCAAGCAGCGUAACCGUCUAUGGCGUCUCGUUCGCGACCCACGAGGAUCUGGACGUCAACCCGACGGAUACUCUGCGGAUUGGCCAUGUUAUCGAGUCUGAUGAGUACAAUGAUCAGAUCUUUUACAGCUAUGUGCAUGAGCCCAACCUGUGGAAGGUGCAUGGAUGGUCGUAUGUUGAUGCCCAGGGUCUUGCUGGUAUGUGUGAGGCUGGGUUGAAGACUUCCGGUAUGGGAUUCCGGGGUUUCAAUGCGACUAAUGAUCAUAUUACCAACCUGAGUCCGACGAGGGAGUUUUUGCAGGCUCAGUCGCCUGGUACGCCUUUUACUCGUGAGAUGGAGGAGUCUGAGGCGCUGUUUUCGAAUGUCAAGAUUAAGCAGUUAGGCAAGGGUACUCCCCGCCGCAAGGUCAAGAAGGUCGUCCGCAACUCCGGCGCCGAUGACAAGAAGCUCCAGGCCGCUCUCAAGAAGCUGAACGUCCAGCCCAUCCAGGGCAUUGAGGAGGUCAACAUGUUCAAGGAGGACGGCAACGUCAUCCACUUCGCCAACCCCCGUGUCCACGGCGCUGUCCCCUCCAACACCUUCGCCCUCUACGGCAACGGCGAGGAGAAGGAGCUCACCGAGCUCGUCCCCAACAUCCUCAACCAGCUCGGCCCCGACUCCCUCGCUUCCCUGCGCAAGCUCGCCGAGAGCUACCAGAACAUGCAGAAGCAGCAGGGCGAUAAGAAGGACGACGAGGAGGAUGAUAUCCCCGACCUUGUUGAGGGCGAGAACUUCGAGAACAAGGUUGAAUAA